GGAGUGAGAGAACGAGAGAUGGAGGGAGGGAAGGAGUGAAGGAGGGAGAGGAGGGGGUCAGUGCUGGGAUUGUCACGGGAAGGGAAGGAGCUGCUCCUUCUGAGUGUGUGAGGUGUGAGGGGCACUUGUACUAAGGAACAUAGGAGAAGGACAUACUGUAUAAACCUACAAUAUGAGCAGAACCACCUUCUUUGAGGUGGAGGUUCUGGAUGGCAGGACCAGGCAACAGCUUUGUUUUCUAGAUAAGGUGGAGCCCCAUGCUACAAUAGGAGAAAUCAAGAGUCUUUUUCACAAGUCAUAUCAACAGUUGUAUCCAGCCAGACAGGACCUAAAGCUCGACCCCAAAGGGAAAUCACUGAGGGAUGACGAUGUAUUACAAAACCUACCAGUUGGGACCACAGCAACCAUAUAUUUUAAGGACCUGGGUCCACAGGUCGGGUGGACAAUGGUGUUUUUAGCGGAGUACCUUGGUCCUCUGUUUAUCUACCUCCUGUUCUAUUUCCGAGCUCCGUACAUCUACUCACACCAGGAUGUGUUCACCUCCAGCCCCUACUCAGUGGUCACACUAGCCUGUGCCUGUCACACCUGCCACUACAUCAAGAGGUUGAUUGAGGCUAUCUUUGUGCACCGGUUCUCCCAUGGUACCAUGCCUCUCAGGACUAUAGUCAGGAACUGUGUAUAUUACUGGGCCUUCUCAGCAUGGUUAGCCUUCUACAUCAACCAUCCACUGUAUACACCACCAUCGUAUGGGGAUAUGCAAGUGAACUAUGCACUGGCCAUAUUUGUGCUCUGUGAGUUGGGGAAUUUCUCCAUUCACGUGGCCCUAAAUAACCUCAAGGCAGAAGGUGGGCCCAAGUGCAGAAGGUUCCCUCACCCGACGAAGAACCCAUUCACAUGGCUGUUCUUCUUCGUGUCCUGCCCCAAUUAUACCUACGAGGUAGGAGCCUGGGCAAGUUUCUCUGUCAUGACCCAGUGUCUACCAGUGGCCUUGUUCACCUUCUUAGCUUUCAUCCAGAUGACCAUCUGGGCCAAGGGGAAGCAUAAAACCUACUCCAGGGAGUUUAAGGACUACCCUCACCUGCGCAUGCCAAUCAUCCCGCUCCUCCUCUGACCACGCUACAAAGGUUUACCAUUCGGACUGGAGCAUUGGGGUCUUCAGCCUGCUUGAAAGGUUGUGAUGAUUAGUGGGUUACUGUGUUUCGCACAAAGCAAGAAGACCCACUGCUCCUUCAUCUAUCGCCAUGGCAGCGGUCUGUUAUCUUUUCAACAACCACUAUGCAAGGAUAGACUAUGCCAUUGUCUUAGAAAGAGGAGGAAACCAACCGUUAAAGAUUCAUAGACAUGGAGUAUUGUUGACGUGUGGAUGAACUUUUAAUUAAUAUAUAAUAGUGAAUUGACAGAAAGGAAUGUCUCAUCUCAACAAUACUGUUGAUGAACUGCUAAUGAUCAUUUCUGCAUUGAUAAUGUUUAUUUCAAUCAUUGAAACACAGCCAUAUUAAGGAGUUAUUGGUAUUAGUCCUGUUACUGAUCAUGUACAGUGCAGCUACUGAAUGUUCCGACAAUUGUUGGCAUUCUUAGUCUACAGAGUGGCAAUCAACUGAAAACUAUGAAGUUAUGAAUAUAUGAUUGAAGUUCUAUAUAAUCUACAAUAUUAUUUAGUAAUAAGUUAUUGUGCAUUUCCUAGAGGAAAUGUGUGUGUGUGUGUGUGUGUAACUUGAUAUGAUAUACCUGCUAAGGAAGUCUUUAUUAUGACUGAAGUGUAACGGGGCUAUUUUCAGUAGGGAAAGCUGAGUUCUAGAACCAGGAGAUGGAACACAGAACUAGGAGAUGGAACACAGAACCAGGAGAUGGAACACAGAACUAGGAGAUGGAACACAGAACCAGGAGAUGGAACACAGAACUAGGAGAUGGAACACAGAACUAGGAGAUGGAACACAGAACUAGGAGAUGGAACACAGAACCAGGAAAUGGAACACAGAACUAGGAGAUGGAACACAGAACCAGGAGAUGGAACACAGAACCAGGAGAUGGAACACAGAACUAGGAGAUGGAACACAGAACCAGGAGAUGGAACACAGAACUAGGAGAUGGAACACAGAACCAGGAAAUGGAACACAGAACCAGGAGAUGGAACACAGAACUAGGAGAUGGAACACAGAACCAGGAGAUGGAACACAGAACUAGGAGAUGGAACACAGAACUAGGAGAUGUCUAAGUCUGCACGCUGAUUAUCUCCCCCUCUACAAUGAAGCUGUACAUGUUUGAAUGUAACGAGCAACCUGAUGCUUUUACCUUUGUCAGACAGUUGAGGAUAAUUCAGUAAUGUAUUACUUUAUAUAUCGUUCAAGAUAACUCCGAUCUGUCAAAUUCUCAGGUGUUACUAGAUGCAACAGGUACUGUUUACAUACUGUACAAAUUAUAGCCAAACUCGUUUUGUAUACAAAGUGUAAAUAUCAAAUAAACCAUUUUGAUCAUUUCAAA